AUGGACAGCGAUUCAGGCUGGAGGAAGGCACUCUUCCUCGCAGGCGGCACUGUGGCAGCCGCGGGACUGUUAUGGUACCUGUUCCAUGAUGGCGAGGAGGAGGCUUCGGCCAGUUCGACAGAUGUGCUGUUUUACCGCGUGACCGACCCGAAGGGCGCUUCCAUCGGCAUUCGAGAGGAGCCCGACGUGAAGUCGACCCGGACAGGCAGGCAGCUGCUUCCCCACCAGGUCUUCCAGGUGUCCGAGGUGAGGGAGGAUGGCGAGCAGACAUACCUCCGGCUUGCUGAUGGUCGGGGGUGGGCCUUCACCCACAGCUCCAAAGAUGGGCGGCUGCUGUGCGAAAAGAUCAGCCAGGAAGAGGCCAUCCAAGAGCUGGAGCAGUCUCAACCUACCAGCAGAGAGAUGAUGGCGCAGAUGCAGUACUUAAUGGAGACCCAACCUGCGUGGCACUUGGAGUUUUGUCGGGGUGCCUCUAAUGUUUUGAUUCUGCCUCUGGCUUGA